GGGCGUUAAACGGGCCCUACAGGUGUCUCGUUAACUGGAGCCGUGACCCGGGUUUGGCUGUGAGUAAAAAGAGUCUGUUUGAAUAUUGGACACGAAGGAGGACCUUGCCAUAAGCAUCACGGGUCGACCCAAAACAGGUAAGGAGAUUUUUUCUCCAUUGGCAAACCGUUAGUUGUGUAGGCAAAAUUGAGUGAUGCUUUUGGUUUUAGGGAAUCUCUUCUCAAAAUAUCAGAGGCUGAACAGUACAAAUAGGUUUAAAUAGAAUUUAUGUUGAAACCGAGAAAUGAGAGAAUGAGAGUUAUCUGUAUGUCCACGUCGGAAAACCGUAAAAUAAGAGAAAUAAAAAAUAUACAGUUAAAACUUAAAUGUUGAAGCUGUAAAAGAAAAGACAAUAAAAAAUAUAAAAUACAAAAAUAAAACAAAGUCUCGGAAGUUGGUCGCUCCCUCUCCAGGACUGACGAGUCUGGUGAAUUUUAAGACUGAGGUGGAACGUUACCUCGGAGGAAGGAGACACUCCAAAGAAACGUAGCGAUGGGACGGCCGAGAAUACAAAACCAUCUAAAAGUUGAGGCUAAGACAGCAAGACCUUUAAAGUGAGCUGUAAAAGAAGAUAAGAGAUUAAAAAGGGGCCCCAGGAGAACAAUAGAAUUGCUCUCUAACAUCAGAAACCUGAUGUACAAUGAUUAGACGCGGAGUUAUUAAAAAAAUAAUGUUUUCGUGGAGUGGAAGGGUAUUAAAAGGAGACCCUCUGCGCGCGCAAGGCUGUCUGUCUUAAACGUUGUCUGUCCUGGUCGGUUUAACAAUUUUAUUUUGGUUUAAAUGGGAUCCAUCGUGUGAAUGUUUAGAAGCUCCGGUCUGAGUCUGUCUCUGUGUGUGCGCGGCUUCGAAGUCUCUUGUGUGUGUGUGUGUGUGUGUGUGUGUGUGUGUGUGUGUGUGUGUGUGUGUGUGUGUGUGUGUGUGUGUGUGUGAACGGGUGGUUACGCAUGCGUAUGGCUGUGAAUAGCUUUGCAUGUGUUCUUUUUGCGGUGGAAAAGUACUGAGUCAGGAAGCUGUGUAUAGCCAGUUACAAUAGCCCGGAUCAUGGCGGGAGCUUUUGAUCAGGAGUUUCAGGAUGAUGCAUGGGGAUCUGCCCCUUGGACGUCCUUGGGUGAACAAGUAGAGGCGCUGAUGGGUUUUGUUGAAACGCAUGAAAAGUUAGAUAAAAAGACCCAGUCGGCGUGGAGACAGAAAGUGCUUGGAGCCGUUACAGCAGAAGAGAAACGGCUGGAACACAGCGAACCCCUGGGCAAAUAUUUGGUGAAACAAUAUGCUAAAAGUAAGAAACACCUUAAUGAUUGUAUUCAAAGACAAAAAUCUGUUGGUUUGUUGCAUUUUGGGAAGCGUGAUCAGGAAAAGGCAGAUAGAGGAGUAAAAUCAUGGGAAAAACUGUUGGUAAUUUGGCAGGGAAUUAAACAUUUGUUUGAAACAAAAGAAGAAACAGCACAAUCUCCUCCGCCAUACAAUAUAAACACUACUUCUUCCGGAUUGUAUCCAGUUCUGGAUGUUAGAGGCGGAGAAUUAGUAGUAGAAACACUCCCGAUAUAUUCUCCAAGCGGCGAUAUAUGUUUAGAUAAUACUCAACACCCGCAUACGUCAUUUAAUGCACCACCCAUAUCCCUCACUCCUUUUAAGUCUUGUGAGCCUUUUCUCCCUCGAGCUGCUCGCGAGAACUCAUCUCAGUCUGUUAACAGGCCUUCUUCCCCGCCUACAGCUUGUCAGAUGACGAAAGCAGGCCCUGAGGAGCAUGCGUUGCACGCCCAGGAACCUGGAGUAAGACCGCCCUCUAGGGGCUGUUCUUCUGUAUCUUCAGAAGACACACAACCGGCAACAGGUUUAAAUCAUGUUGAUCUUAAUAAAACAGGAACUAGAUCACCAGCAGUAUCGACUAAUGUCAAGUUUAAUAACCCACGUUCAUUGGAGCCUGAGGUUAAUGUAAAAAAUGUCACUAAAAGGGAUUUGGCAGGACAACUCCACUGA